AUAGUAUGGGGAGGCACUCCUGGUGCUCCCCCGCCCAGCAGGUUGGUGCAUGGGGUGGGGCCGGGGGCACUGGAGUGAGACAGCCCAGUCGUGGACAGAGAGGCCUAUGGAGAGGGCCCCGGGGAGGGAGGAGGCGGCGGGGCCCAAGUUCGCCCAGGACAUCUGGCACCAGUGACCUUGUGGGGAAAGGAGCCAAGAACAGAGCCUCAUCCGGGGUCCUGGGACCCCCUGCUUGAGAGACACAGGAGCCCUGGCCCUGCGUUGUGGACACAAGCGCCCAUCCUCAAGGUCUUGAGAACUCCUGAACUUUCAAAGCCCCAGCACUGAGGGUCCACCCUCAGACUCCCUCCUUCCCUCUCUGAGGAAGAGGCAGCAGGAGCCACAGCUUCCUCCUCCCCCUCCCUGCCGCCUCGGCUGAGCCCGGCCUGAGCUGCCGGCAGGUUGUCUUGGCAACGGGAGGCGGAGAGGAGAUGCGCCGAGGGAUGGAGGUGGAUGUCACCGAGGAGGCUGCUGCGCUCCUGCCCCACGCCCUGGGCCCUUGAAGCGGCUGGCCUCCAGCCUCGCUGGACCCUGCUGCCCGUGUGGCCUGGAGCCAGAGGCCCCAGACUCCCAGCUGCUGUUCUACAGAUGCCAUCAGCGAGCAGGACUCUGGGUGGCCCCACUGUCUAAGGGCUCUGCGAGUGACCCGGCCGGCGAGCUCCGCGCUGCAUGGAACGGCUGCAGAAGCAACCACUUACCUCCCCCGGGAGCGUGAGCUCCUCCCGAGACUCCAAUGUGCCUGGCCCUCCCUCCAGCAUCGUGGCCAAGAUGGACAAUCAGGUGCUAGGCUACAAGGACCUGGCUGCCAUCCCCAAGGACAAGGCCAUCCUGGACAUCGAGCGGCCCGACCUCAUGAUCUAUGAGCCCCACUUCACGUAUUCCCUCCUGGAACACGUGGAGCUGCCCCGCAGCCGGGAGCGCUCUCUGUCACCCAAAUCCACAUCCCCCCCACCAUCCCCGGAGGUGUGGGCAGACAGCCGGUCACCUGGAAUCAUCUCUCAGGCUGCGGCCCCCAGAACCACUGGAACCCCCCGGACCAGCCUGCCCCAUUUCCACCACCCUGAGACCACCCGCCCAGAUUCCAACAUCUACAAGAAGCCACCCAUCUAUAAGCAGAGAGAGUCUGUGGGAGGCAGCCCUCAGACCAAGCACCUCAUCGAGGAUCUCAUCAUUGAGUCAUCCAAGUUCCCUGCAGCCCAGCCCCCGGACCCCAACCAGCCAGCCAAGAUCGAAACUGACUACUGGCCCUGUCCCCCGUCUCUGGCUGUCGUGGAGACAGAAUGGAGGAAGCGGAAGGCAUCUCGGAGGGGAGCAGAGGAAGAGGAGGAGGAGGAAGAUGACGACUCUGGAGAGGAGAUGAAGGCUCUCAGGGAACGUCAGAAAGAGGAACUCAGUAAGGUUACUUCCAACCUGGGAAAGAUGAUCUUGAAAGAAGAGAUGGAAAAGUCAUUGCCUAUCCGAAGGAAAACCCGCUCCCUGCCUGACCGGACACCCUUCCAUACCUCCUUGCACCAGGGAACGUCUAAAUCUUCCUCUCUCCCCGCCUAUGGCAGGACCACCCUGAGCCGGCUACAGUCCACAGAAUUCAGCCCAUCGGGGAGUGAAACUGGAAGCCCAGGCCUGCAGAACGGAGAGGGCCAGAGGGGGAGGAUGGACCGGGGGAACUCCCUGCCCUGUGUGCUGGAGCAGAAGAUCUAUCCCUAUGAAAUGCUAAUGGUGACCAACAAGGGGCGAACCAAGCUGCCACCGGGUGUGGAUCGGAUGCGGCUGGAGAGGCAUCUGUCUGCAGAGGACUUCUCAAGGGUGUUUGCCAUGUCCCCUGAAGAGUUUGGCAAGCUGGCUCUGUGGAAGCGGAAUGAGCUCAAGAAGAAGGCCUCUCUCUUCUGAUAGCCCUCACCUGCUCCGGGACGGCCCCUCCCCCCUGCUGCUUCAGGGUUCUUCCCUGAGGGAUGGGAGGGGCAGGAGGUGGGAUGGAAGUAGGGUGGCCUCCUGUCCUCAGGUAGAGCGGGGGCCGAGGCCUCUGUGGUCCUGGGCAGUGAACACGGACUUUCUUCCCUUCAUGCCUGGGAGCCUCUUGCUCUCCUCCCUGGCCCUCCCUGCACAGGGCAAAGCAAGCCUGGGCUCCAGGACACAGAGGUUCUAUUUGUGCCCCCUUCCUGACCCUCACUCCACAUGAAGGACCCCCAGCAGAGGGUGAGGAGGGAUGAGGGGCAUUGGUGGUCAGGUCUGUCUUGAACAGCUGGAGGGAAGACGUAGGGGUGGGAAGCAGUCAGGCAGAAAGAGUUCCAGGUUCUGGUGUUGCCCACCCAGCCGUCCCGUGCUCACUCGUGACACCUUUCCUGCACUGUAGCCUCUUGCUCCUCCGACUCUAGUGGGAACAGGCCCUAGCUCAGCCUCCGGCAGGGAGGUUACCCCGACUCCUUCAGCUUGCCCUGACCUCCUAUUGUAAUCCCUGAGCUUCGAAGCCUCUUGCCCCAGCCCUGUGGCUUCCCCAGAAGCCUCAGCUUAGGGUGGAGAAGCCGUCUACACACAACCCUGGCUCUCCACCUGCCUCUGGGCCAUGCAAUGGAAAUUCCAGCAGCAAGCCAGGCACUGGGCUGAAGCUGGGCCUUCCGCCUCCCUUGGAUGGGGUCCAGAGGCCAGGCCUGGCACAUUUUGGAGUGUUCUGGCUACCAGCUGUCACCCACACCCAUGCAUCCCCACACUAUGCUCUCUUAAGAAUGUAAUUUAUUGGGGCCCCCCCAGCUGCUUUCUUCACCUGCCCCUGCCCUACCUGACACCCCCAGCUUGACUUCUCUCCAGUCCACAUGUGUAUAUAAUGAUAUCUAUAUUUUUGCCUAGGUCUGGGUAUUGCUCUUGUCCAGACCCUGGCAUCCCUUUCCACUGUGUGUGUGACCAUGCUGGGGGAGGGGGACUCUGCUUGGAAUUAAAAGGUUGCAUUGGGUCCCUA